AUGACUGGCGUGGAGGAUGUCGAAAUUUUGUUAGAAACUUUUGGAAAGAUGAUGUACGUUUUCGGCGACGAAGCUGAACCGCUCCUCAAAUGUAAAGUUUUUGUCGCAUCUACAGUUCGAGAACAGUUGAGGAACAUGUUACGACAGGCAUCAGUCACAGCUAGCUACAGGAAAUCUGAUAGGAUUGAAAUAGUAGACGUUGUUUUUCUUUUCCGGCGGCACUACAAACAGCUGAAUAGAAUGUUCCAGUAUUUGCAGUCAGCCGAUAUGGCGAAAGUUUAUGCUCGUUUUGCUACGACUGUUGCAGCCGAUCCUCCUCUGCCAGAAACGACCUUGGUCCUGGAUGACCCUGAAGAUGAAGUUGACUUAUUUGUUUACGGAAAACAGUGA